AACUCCUCGUUACAUGGACUAUCAAACUCUUCGAACGAGCUACAGUACAACUAUAUUCUACCCAAAUUUUCACCUUUUUUUUCUUUCAUUUUUGUGAUUUUUAGUGAGUUAUCUGAACCGUUGGUUCUCCAAUUUCUCAGCUUCGUUUGUCUGCUCAAUUUGAGAAACCCUAGUUGUCUGAGAUUAUCGGGAUGCAGUACUUAGAAAGCAUUGGCAUUAAAUUAUUGUGAAUACUCUGCAUAGUGGGUUUAGAGUUAGGAUGACUACACUAUCUCUAUUAGCUGGGAACAGUGGAAGAGGAAGAGGAGGCGAAGAGUGGGGUCUUGGAGUCAGGUCGCGGUCAUAUAUUGGCAAUGUGUUCUUUGCUAGUGAUUCGCUUAAAAGUUUGUACAGAAGUUUACAUGGAGUUUGGAUGAAGGAUUUGGAAGGCGCGAGGUCCAGAGGUAGGAACAAGUUUCAUAUUGUUGCGAAGAUUUGGAAGGGGAAGAAGCAUGAUUACCCUUGGCCAGAUGAUAUCGACCCAAAUAGUAGUGCUGGACCUUUGACUUACCUCUCUUACUUCAAGCCUCUGACCGAGAAACCCAAACCAGUGACACUUGCCUUUGAGAAGCCGCUGGUUGAUUUGGAGAAAAAGAUCAUUGAGGUACGCAGAAUGGCUGAUGAAACUGGUUUGGAUUUCAGCAAUCAAAUUAAUGCUUUGGAAAACAAGUAUCAACAGGCUCUUAAAGAUUUAUACGCACAUUUGACGCCCAUUCAACGCCUAAAUAUUGCUCGACAUCCAAAUAGACCAACUGUUCUUGAUCAUAUAUUUAACAUCACGGAGAAGUGGGUGGAACUCCAUGGAGAUCGUGCAGGCUAUGAUGAUCCAGCCAUUGUAACUGGUAUUGGGAGUAUGGAUGGUAAAAGCUACAUGUUCAUAGGCCAUCAGAAAGGUAGGAACACAAAGGAAAACAUUGCUCGCAACUUUGCAAUGCCAACUCCUCAUGGCUACAGGAAGGCUUUACGCAUGAUGAAGUAUGCUGAUCAUCAUGGUUUUCCUAUUGUUACAUUUAUUGAUACGCCGGGUGCUUUUGCUGAUCUCAAAUCUGAGGAACUUGGUCAGGGGGAAGCAAUAGCCCAUAACCUGAGGACUAUGUUUGGCUUGAAAGUUCCAAUUAUAACAGUUGUAACAGGUGAAGGUGGUUCAGGUGGUGCGCUUGCGAUUGGUUGCGCCAAUAAAUUGUUUAUGCUGGAGAAUUCUGCCUUCUAUGUUGCGAGUCCUGAAGCAUGUGCUGCAAUAUUGUGGAAGUCUUCUCAAGCAGCUCCUAAGGCAGCAGAAAAAUUGAGGAUAACAGCUCAAGAACAUUACCGACUCAGAAUUGCAGAUGGUAUCAUUCCUGAACCUCUUGGCGGCGCACAUUCUGAUCCUUUGUGGACAUCCCAACAGAUUAAGCUUGCCAUCACCCAGGCCAUGGAGGAGUUGGCAAAAAUGGAUGCAGAAGAGUUGCUCCACCAUCGGAUGCUCAAAUUCCGGUCCCUUGGAGUUGGGGGUUUCCGAGAAAGCAUUCAAGUGGACCCUGAAAGGAAACGAAACAUGAAGCUAUCUGAUGCUAAUACACCAGAGACUGCUGAUAUAGAAUUAGAGCUUCAGAACCUCAAGAAGAAAAUUCUAGAAUCAAAAGGACCAUCUGAUCCAAUUACUAACCAAGCAAUUGAGAAGCUCAAAGAAAAUGUAGACCGGGAAAUAACUGAGGCAUUCAUUUCGAUGGGCCUGCAGGACAAGAUUGAAUCACUUAAAUUGGAGUUAUCUAAAGCCCCUAAUCAGCCUCUGAACCGGGCUUUAAAAGAGAAGGCUGACAAAAUAAUGCAAGAAUUUAACCAGAAUUUGUCACCACCUGGAGCCUAUCUCGGGUUAAAGGAAAAGCUUGAAAAGCUAAACAUGGUUUGGAGGCUCAUUGAACUGAAAGAGAAAAGUGAGAAACUGAAAAAAGCGAUCAAUCAGAAAGUCCCAGCUGACAUAAAAGCCAAGAUGGAACUUCUGAAAAAGGCCCAAGAAAAGUUAUCAAAAGGUGAUCCAUUGGAUAAGAAUUUAGCCAAAGAAGUGGAGAGAACUAAGAAAGAACUGGAGGAGGUGCUAAAGUCAGCUAACCUGGAAAUUGUGGGGGUGACCAAGAGAAAGGUUGGAAGUCUACCCCCUGGUUUGGAAGAGAAGAUGGUGAAACCAAACAUUGAAAUUAGUAAGGAGAUUGAAAGGGCAAUAAAUGUGGCAGGUCUUGGAGGGAAAAUUGAAGAGCUGAAGGCGGAGGUAGCGAUAGGCUCGAGUUCUGACGUGUUAAAGAAGUUAGAAUCUGAAAUCAAGGAGGGGAUUAUAGCUGCUAUGGAUGUCACUGCAUUGAAGGAGAAGGUUGAGAAUUUGGAAGCAGAGUUGGCAUCAUCUGCAAAAUCGGUUACAGAAAGCAAGGUUAGUGCUGACAACGGCAGAUUGUGAGAUUCAAGACUUGCUUAGUAUAUAGAGAGAGAAAUAAAAGCACGAGUGAUAUGAAGCUUUAUACUUAAAAAUGUGUAUUUUCAGUUUUGAGAUUUUGAUUGGCAUGUAUCAUGACGGGAACAUAUAUACUCUUGAAAAUUUAGAUUUUAAUGUAUUUUGGGUCUUUAGGCAUUUGAUCCUUGAUAAGAUGAGUUUUUUCUCAAGUCACUUGUUGAUAAGCUGAUGAAACGACAGAAGUAUAUUAUUGUAUUUUGUGAACAUGUCCACUGCUCUUAUUGUGGACUUAUUUGUUGGCAGUUGUCUUUAAUAUUUUUGAUAUGUUGUUUGGGAGAAAA